GACAAUUGUUCUGGGAAAUGUAAAAUAAGAAUGAUAUUUUUCUUAGUUGAAAAUUCAGAGUUAAAAACUUACUGCACAACUAUCCUUGGAAAUUGAUGGAAAAACAAGGUGCUUCCAGGAUAAAGAGGAACUAGGGGAAUAUGCAACCACCAAUUCAACUCUACAGAGAAUACUGCAAGAUAUUCUAAAAAAGAAAAAUACGAAGAAUCCAGGAGUAGCGGCAGAGAGGCCACAAUUAAUGGAGCAGAAAACAAAAUGAAAAAGACAAACUGACAACUAAUGACAGAAAAAGAGCUCAACAGAAAUGAGGCAGAGAAGAUUGGAUGAUAGGAACAGCUAUUUUGGGGAGAAAAUGAUGUCUUAAGAGUGAGAGCAAGAGACUGAGAAACAUGAGAGAGUGGAUUGCGCACUACACAAGAGAACUUGCUGGCAGGAGAAUUAACCCCCAAAGCGAUUAAAGUGAGUUUCAAGAUGGCCAAAGAAGAGCUCCCGAGUGUCUCAAAGGACUUACAGGAGCUGCAGAAGAAGCUGUCUUUCCUCAUAAAGUCCUUUCAGAAUAACUCAAAGGUGGUUGCCUUCAUGAAGUCUCCAGUGGGUCAGUACUUGGACAGGCACCCUGUCCUGGCUCUCUCCAUACUGGUGUUUAUGGCCAUGUCUGCUGUCCCUGUUGGAUUCUUCUUGCUCCUCGUGGUGCUCAGUACCCUGGCCGCACUUGUGGGAGUCAUAUUACUGGAAGGGCUGGUCAUUUCUGUGGGUGGCCUUACACUACUUUGCAUCCUCUGUGGCUUGGUCUUCAUAUCACUUGCCAUAUCAGGGACAAUCAUGAUGUCUUAUGUGAUGGUCUCCAGCCUCGUCAACCACUGGUUUUCUUACAGGCCACUGGCAAAGCAAAACCCUAGUGUCAACUGUCAGCUGGGUAUGAAAGGGCACCACCAAGAAUGACCGGCUGGAUGGAACCAGGAGUGUUUUCAGACUUCUCAGGAAAGCUUCUGGGUCAUGCUCACCCCUUGGGAUUAUGAUUCAGAGAUUAUGAGAGGCUGGAUAGUUAGCCACUCAUUGGCUAUGUCUUCCAGCUUCUUCACAUCCUAUGUAUAAAAUCCUUCAGUGCCUAGGUGGCCUCUCAUCCCCCACUCUCAAGUAUGUAAACUUGACCUUGGCAGCGCAUGGGGCCUCCUGAACUAGCCUCAGGACUAAUGUCCAAAGUCCCAAGGCAACAGUAAUUUUUUUUUGAGAAUAUUUUAAUUUUUGAAAUGAGGGAAACUGUUUGUUUUUUCCACUCAUUUGAAAUACAGAGUGAAAAAAAAAAUCCAAAUCAGAACCAGCUUUUCUGCCUUAUUCACUAUUUAGCAGAAAGAAUAGUGCAAUUUGGGAAAGUUGUCCAAGAGUCUUUUUGAAAAAGUUUCAAAGUAUAGUUUCUGCUAUUACUGUUGAGUGCUGUUUGGUGUUGUUGAUACUUUUGUAUUGAUUUUAAGAACUUGUCCUAUUAAGCAGGACUAUAAAGCACAAAUGAAACAUUGUA